CUCUAGUCCGUUAUGCUAUUUUUCACACUCCCCCUUCCUCCGCAGGUGCAAUCCUUGAUGUCAUUCUACCUUUCCUCCAUGGCUACCUUCACUGUUCACAUCUCUCGUAUCACCCGCUACAUCCCUUCAUCCUCUUCUCUCUCUUAUCCCUUUCUCGACCCCUUCUUUCCUAGCUCCUCAUCAUCUCUUCGCAAGCCUCUACGCGUUGCUUUUCGCCGUAAUCCUCAUCGCACCUUCUGCUUCUUGGGCCGACACUUCUCUCGGCGGCUGAAUGUCGCCGCAUUGAGCUCCGGAGACCGGAAUAAUACUGUUGAGGCUGUUGGUGAAAGAUAUGAUGUCAUCGUCGUUGGAGGAGGACAUGCAGGGUGCGAGGCUGCCCUUGCCUCAGCUCGUUUAGGGGCAAAAACUCUUCUUCUUACGCUAAAUAUUGAUCGCAUUGCUUGGCAGCCUUGUAAUCCAGCAGUUGGUGGACCAGCAAAGUCACAAUUGGUACAUGAAGUGGAUGCACUUGGUGGUGAAAUUGGGAAGAUUGCGGAUAGGUGUUAUUUACAAAAGCGUGUUCUCAAUAGCUCAAGAGGCCCAGCUGUUCGGGCAUUGCGCGCACAGACUGAUAAGAGAGAAUAUGCCAUGCGGAUGAAAUGUAUUGUGGAAGGCACUCCAAACCUUUCCAUUAGAGAGGCAAUGGUAACAGACAUUUUAUUGGGAAAGAAUGACAAUGUUGAAGGUGUUCGGACGUUCUUUGGGAUGAACUUUUAUGCUCCUUCUGUUAUUCUCACAACUGGCACUUUUAUGAGUGGUAAAAUUUGGGUUGGCAAAACUUCUAUGCCUGCCGGCAGAGCUGGUGAAUCAGCGUCGCAUGGACUUACUGAAAACUUGCAGCAUCUUGGAUUUGAAAUUGAUCGGUUAAAAACAGGCACCCCUGCACGUGUGGACUAUCGUACUGUAGACUUCUCUGGGCUGGAGCCCCAACCUGGAGAUGAAGAGGUUGGUUGGUUCAGUUUUGAUCCUGAUUUCCAUAUUGAAAGGGAGCAAAUGUUGUGCUUUUUGACACGUACCACUAAGAGCACUCACCAGCUGAUUAAAGAGAACCUGCAUGAAACUCCGACAUAUGGAGGAUGGGUUGAAGCUAAGGGGCCUAGAUACUGCCCUUCAAUUGAAGAUAAGAUUGUGAGAUUUCAAGAUAAAGAGUCUCAUCAAAUUUUUCUUGAACCGGAGGGUCGAAAUGUGCCUGAACUGUACGUGCAGGGGUUCUCAACUGGCUUACCAGAGAGAUUGCAGUUACCACUCUUAAGAACACUGCCUGGACUUGAAAAUUGUUCAAUGCUGAGGCCUGCUUAUGCUGUAGAGUAUGAUUUCUUGCCUGCUCACCAAUGCUCUAGGUCUCUCAUGACAAAGAUGAUUGAAGGGCUUUUCUUCUCUGGUCAGAUAAAUGGAACCACUGGCUAUGAGGAAGCUGCUGCGCAGGGUAUCAUCUCUGGAAUUAAUGCUGCCAGACAUGCAGAUGGCAAGGCCCUCAUUGUUCUUGAGAGAGAAAGCAGUUAUAUAGGAACUUUGAUUGAUGAUCUAGUUACCAAAGACCUUCGAGAACCUUACCGCAUGUUAACCAGCCGCUCAGAACAUCGAUUACUUCUUCGAUCUGAUAAUGCUGAUAGUCGGCUCACACCUUUGGGACGUGAAAUUGGUUUGAUAGAUGAUAGACGUUGGAAAAUAUACCAGGAUAAGCAAGCUCGAAUAGUGGAGGAAAAAAAGCGAUUGAAAACUGUUAGGAUUUCAGGGGGUGAUUUGGCUGCUGAUGUUAGUCUUUUGUCUGGUCAACCAGUGAAGAGCUCUACGACACUAGAGGCUCUUCUUAAAAAACCGCAUAUAGAAUAUAAAGUUCUUGACAAGCAUGGGUUUGGAAGUGGACUUCUAUCUAGAGUGGAGAAAGAAUGUGUUGAGAUUGAUAUCAAGUAUGAGGGCUUCAUUAUGCGGCAGCAGAACCAACUCCAACAGAUGGUUCAUCAACAGCAUAGAGCACUUCCAGAGGACUUGGAUUAUGAUGCAAUGACAACUUUGUCCCUUGAAGCACGUGAAAAACUUACUAAGAUCAGACCGCAGACUAUUGGCCAAGCGAGCAGAGUGGGUGGGGUGAGCCCCGCUGACAUUACUGCUCUUCUUGUAAUCCUUGAAGCCAAUAGAAAGAGAGCACAUGAAAAAGAGAGGCACCGGCUGCUGACUUCCGUCAUGAUAGAUGCUGAGUGAAGCAUACCUAGUUUUACAGAGACAAUUCCGCUCCUAGUAUACCCCCAGAGUCCAACGGGUAUAUUCCCUGUUUCCCUGUCCUCAGCAAGAAAUGCAGUGUGGAAUUCAAGGGCAUAUUUGCAGUGGCUUUCAAAUUUAGAGAUGAGCAUUUGAACUAAUGCAUUGGAACUUGGGUGUACUGCGAUCCGUGAGAAACUAGGUGCAAUUGGGGGCGAGUGCAGGAAAUGGAUUUGACCAAACGGAGUUGACCUUCUAUGGGUUUCACACAUGGACGGAGCCGCAUUCCCUUGCUGUGUGGACAAUUGCCCCGCUGUGCAGUGAAAUUUUUUUUUCCAAGAUUUAUAUCUAUCAUGUAUAAAUAAGUCCUGUAAAUUUACAGAUUUGUACUCACAAAAAUUUAAAUUGUGGGGUUAAAUUCAAGCAUUUGAAAAUUUUUCAUGUUUUUUUGGGGUUCUUGUGAAGUUUAAAAAGUUCAGUUGAAA